UCAUAAUAAGACAAUCAAGAUUUGUUUGGUUGCUUAUUGACUAUUACGAAUAUUACCUGCUUUUGACAAGAAAUACUGAACAAGUUAAAUUUUAUUCCAACUUGAUCAGUCAAGUUACCCUGAUUUAUAAAUGGAAUCUGAAAAUCAUUAUGACUUCCUGUUUAAAUUUCUGCUCAUUGGAGAUUCGAGUGUAGGCAAAUCAUCUAUAUUUUUGAGGUUUACGGAUGACUGUUUCUCGGAGACGUUCAGCACUACAAUCGGAGUGGACUUCAAAAUACGCACUCUGGAGGUGACUGGAGGCAAGAAAGCCAAGAUCCAAAUCUGGGACACGGCCGGACAGGAAAGAUUCAGAGCCAUAACUCACAGCUACUACCGGAAUGCAGACGGCAUCUUCAUCUGCUUCGAUCUGACCAAUCCGAACUCGUUUGAGAAUGUGGACACGUGGUACCAGAGUGUGAUGAAGAUGGCCAAGGGCGCCAAGGUCAUCAUGAUUGGAAACAAAAACGACCUCACAGAAAAGAGACAGGUUCAGUACUCGACUGCUCUGCAAUAUGCCAUGAGUCUGGGCAUAGACUACGUGGAGACCAGUGCCAAGGAGUCUUGCAACAUACACAAGGUGUUCAUCAUGUUGGCCACGCAACUGGUUGAAGAACACCUGGCCAAAGCAGAGAAGAACUACUCAGGAGUGGUCUCCACAGGUCCAGAGGCAUCUCUCACUUUCAAGUCCAAACCAGUCCAGUCCAGAGACGAGAGACCCAAGUGCAACUUCUGCUCAUAGGAACUUAUUGUUAGGAGUAAACUUCAAUACAGCUCGGAUCAAAUAGUAGGGCUAUAAUUGAAAUUCCGGGAAACUAAGUCUCCAUUUCAAAUGUGGUAGAAACCUAAAAUUUAUUAAGGAAAAGCAGAUUCAGCUCAUUUUUAAACAUUUUAGCGUAAAGGUACCAGAGCCGCAUAGCUGUUCGCGUUGAAGGUUGACCCAUUGAAUUUGUUUGGCUAAAAUUCCCGUUUUUGCUCGUCUAGACUAAAAUCUACGGCAAAAUCUAAAAAAGUUACGUCUUCAAAUGAAGGCUAACAAAUUUAUGUGACCCCUUCAUAUUCGCUGCUAAAAUUUUUGAACCGAGCUGAAUUUAUUGAUUGACUAUUUCAAAAAUGGUUACCGAUAUAGAAAAUUGUAGUGAAUUGUCAAUUCUUAGCAGCAGCGAUGAGUAAUAAAUUAAAUUAGAGUGUCAUUAAAGGGUAUCAGUAUUUAGUUUUGAGUUCAAAAUUAUUUUGUGAUCAAUUUUUGAGUUUUUAAAUAGUGUUUUGUUAGAGCAGUUACAAGAAAUUUGAUUUUACAA